AUUGUAUAUAUCGCUUACGUUAACAUGUACCUUUAUUUCUGAGGUAUUACAGUUUGUUUAUCUAGCUAUGAACUCUGCUUAAUUAAGUGUAUAACAACUUCAAGAAUGGGAAGGAGAUGGCGAACAUUUAACCAACUUUUUAAUAAAAUAAACCACAAAACGAAAGUAAAGUAAAAUGCCGGCAGCUUCCUCGCGGUCGUCUGCCGGCCACACAAACAUAAUAAUCCAUAACGUAAAAUCCAGGCCUGGUCCUUUCUCGUCGUACGCUCGGUCGCUCGUCCUUUCAUGCUUCCGGUCUCCUCCGUGAGAGAUGCGAGACCGGUGCAACGCACAGCUGUCGUUCCCUAACGGCUCUCGUCCCGCCUUGCUCGUUACAAAGUGUUCAAUAUUUAUCGUCUAUAUAUUAUCUACUAAGAUCGUCUUCGGAUGUUUCUUCGUCAGACUCUGGCUCAAACUGGUCAGGUAAAACCACCGCCAUCUCUAUCUGUACAUUAUAUAAUAUCCAACCACCUGUAAACCGUUAUCCAGUAAUGAUGGUAGGCGUUCCAUUGCGACACAUGAUGAACGCUUUUGACCAAUCACAGCAGACUUCCGUAAUGAUGAUAGACGUUCGGUUUGCAGCACAUCAUCUGACCAAUCACGGAUAGGAGGGAUUAGACGGAUGAAUUGCGGAAACAUUUGAGACAUUCCGACAUAAUAGCGUCUUUUCAUCUUCUAUGUACAUAAACUUGUUGUUGGACACUCCGUUAACCAAAUUAGGACCUUAAAAUUCAUAUAUGACUUACUCUUUAACAACACUGUCAACAUAUAAGCUCCUAAAAUCACUGAAAAUGGCAUGUUUUCCACACUAGCACCCCUUUACAAUGCGAUAAAAUAAGUCAAUUAAAAAUGAAUUGUUUGUAUUUUAUAAAAUGCAAUGCACCUCAUAAACCACCCAAAUCUAUUCUUGCUUUUAAGAACAACUACCACAAGAGGGCAACAGCAGCACGUCUUUUAUUCGAACAUGAAUUCUAGCGGAACUCAAAGUGUCUGGUUCCUUUUUCUAUACGGAACAAAAACAUUGCAUCAAUUUUUAACAAGAGAGGCGCGAAGAGUACAAGCCGAUAACCCGUUUACACUAGAGGAAAGUUUCAGAUAAACAGGUUUACCUAUGAGUCCACCAAAAAUGAAACGUCGCCGAAUGGCGGAGAUGGAGCCGUGGAUCGAGAAUCUCAUUCAAAACUACGGCGAAAGACCGGGUGAGAAGGCUGUCAAAGCUCAUGUCGUCGGCAUGUGUGAUAUUUCAGACCUUAAGCUGAUGGAGAGUACAGAUGCCUGUAUGAUAUUCCUGUCCGACGGGAUCACGCGCAUUCCCGCGGCGCUGAGCAAAGCCGCGUGGGAGCGUCUGCAGGACUCGGAGGAGAGAGAGUCAUUUUCAGACCUGCUAAAUGCUGUAGUGUAUGUGCGCAACUUCACACUGGAGUUUGACAUGAAGCCUGACCUGGGAUUUUGCCAGUUUUACUUAAAGGUUGAUCAGAUCACUACAGUAUGCAUUGCUUCCAAACACUUCAUCCCCCCCAGCUGUACAUCACUUCCAUCAGUUCGAGAGCAGAUUAUAAAGACAUGGAGAUCUUGCAGGGAGAGUUCAGUCAAUUCACUUAGCUCGGCAUCUGGGGUCUCUCUAUCCUCUCUGCUGGGGGCGUGGCACAGUGACAUUAUAAUAAAUAUUCUGAAUGAUGCAAUGGAGAAAAUAACAAUGUCUGCAACAUGUUGUCCAAGUUUGGCGACACCCACUCACUGGCAUGGAGAGAGACUUCGCUGGAAGGGACAGGAGCAGUUCAUUGUCCCCGUGCCUUUCCUUCUCAUCUCAGAGGAGCAGAGAGAGCUGAUGACAGCUGAUCCCAGUGCCGAUUGCGAAAAUGAGAAUGGGAAUGCACCUGCUCCGUCACAUGAAAAAUCGCAUCAGGCUGGCACGUCAACCCCAAACCAAAUGCUGGCUGCUCAGGACCUGAUCAGUGGUUCAUUUCCAAAUGAAGGACAGUGUACCCUGGAGCACACAAGGCCGGAGGUUUUGUGUGGAACAGGGGAGAUAUCUGGGGAUGGAGAAAGCCCUUGGGAUAUGUUCUCUCCAGCGCCAGAUCUUUUAGGCCUGGAGCCCCAUUCUCAGACAGAAAGCCAAACAGUUUUGAAAGAAGUCACCCCAUUACCUUUAGCAACAAGCACCCAAUUUCAGAACUCAAAGCAAGUUUCAGAAGGGGUGUCCGAGGAUGGCAUUACACUAGGACAGAGACCACUGCCAACCCAGAUCAGCCCAUCCCACGUAAGUGGCGGGUCCUGCAGAGACCCUAGUCAAGAGCACGAUAAACAACAUUCAUCAAGUCCCCCCUCAUGGAUCGUCGAGAGCACGGACCCACCGUCUAAAAAACGUUCCUUAUUGGCUCCACCUACCAAGCCAAACUCUCUGGCUCCACCCACCAAGCUGAAAAACAUGCACCCAGAUGGAAGGCCUUUUUCGUAUUUGUAUCAUCCUGACCCUCAGGUGUCCACAGCCCUCAGUCAUUUCAGAAUCCCAGGACAGCUUAUACAGUGGGCGGUGCGUUAUCUUGGGACCUCUUACUCUGCAGAUGUCAACUCGGGAGCUGAUUCUUAAGUCAUUGCCUGUGACCUCAAAUAACAUUAUGUUUUUGUUAAAAAAAAGCUUUUUUAUUUCAAGUUGGAAUGUAUUUUUUAAAUAAUAACCAUUGUCUGUGGAUACUGUUGUAUUUUACUGCAAGUGAAUUAUUUGUAAUAAAUGUUCAUAUUGGAAUAUAAUGACCUGUGUCACAAUUUAUAACAUUUUAUCAAAAUUUUUACUUAUUUAACCAUGUUUAUCUCUUUUAAGCCUUAAUGGUCUGUACUAAGAAUGCUGAACAAACUCAGGGUUACAGGAUUAGUUUUGGGUUGACCAAACCAACAUGAUCAAGCUUUGUUGGUACCAUGAAGCAGCUUGUGGAGUUUCUUUGUCAACUCAAGCUUUGAUCCUGAAGCUAAGAUUAGUUCGCACAAGAACAAGUGACAUCGGCAUCAUAAAACCAAUCUCGUUCAACAUGGAUAGAGAGAGUUCCGUAUGUUUCUUAGGAAAUAAUUAUGCGCAAAUAUAAGUAACACGAAAAUGUAUUUCAGCCACGGAGUAAUACUGUUUCUGCUGUCUACGCAAGAGAGAAGUGUUUCAGAAACGCUGCUGAUUGAGUUAAUGCGCAAGUUUAUCGACUAUAUAGUACACUUAUUUACUGUAGUAUACUAUAGUAAGUUAAAUAUAGGAGUGAGGGGCAUGUUGAAGUAGUUCUGUGGUCAGGAUAGCAAAACCUUUUGGCAUACAUAGGAUCCCCUGUCUCCCACCAACAGGCUACCAAACAGUCCUGUCAUAGAAGAAGAUUGACAAAGAACAAAGAAGAGAAGAUUGUAUUGAAAUUAGAAAUUGAGUUUUGGUCACAUAAUUAAUUCAUUUAAAGGGUUUUGUACUGUUCCCCAUUUACUUUACCUUCCUUAAGCACUGACACAACACAGAUGCAUAAGGGAAUGUUGUAGGCAUUAAAGUAUUAAAAACUUCUCAUAUAUUUUAAAAUGUAGGCCUACUAUAUGAUGCAUUAUUAAGGUGAAUUUGUCCAUCUAUAGACCUUGUAGGAAGAAAUCUUAUCAUAGGUAAAGCUUAAUCACAAGCAAGAAUCUGCACAUUGUAAUUGUAUU